AUGAGUAACCCUUACUUUGCCACGUACGUGGAAGAUCUGGAACAGGGGGCUGAUCAGACCACAAUGGUCCUUGAUCAGGCGUGGGAAUUUCUACAGGAUCCGUUCGAUGCUAUUGAUUUCGUCGAGCGAGUGGCAUGGCGGAUGACUGGUGGAGCAGAAACUAUCACCGAUCCUGUUUCGUUAAAGAACAAAUUUGAAGAAGAAAUAGGCAGCCUGCAAAUGCUCUGUGAUCAAUUUCAGAGCAAGAUUGCUAUGCUGGAAAGUGAGCUAAACAAAGACAAGCGUGAAUACGUCAAUCAACUACAGCGAUUGUACGAGCGAAACGCAGAAGCAAUUGACAAAAUCAAGCAACUCGAUGCUACUAUGCAGUCAGUUUCCACCAAGGUUGUGCAUUUGGGAGAUCAGCUGGAAUCGGUUCAUCAACCGCGGCAACGAGCACAUGAUGCCCUUCAACUUAUUCAGCAUUUUGAUGAAUUCCUGUCAGAUCAGCCUCUGAACUCCAUGAUAUUUACCGAUCCAGAUAAGCUUCUUGAAUCUGCGGAUUUGGUGCAGAAAUUGUACUCGAUCUCACAGGAGUUGUCGAAAGACAAGUUCGUAGCCGUGCAAGCCAGGAUUGCGCACAGGUACGAAGAAGUUGAACGGCUUCUUAUUGACGAAUUUGGACGUGCACAGCGCGAUGAGAAAAAAAUGGCCGAAGUGGCAAAAAUCCUAAGCGAGUUCAAGGGUUAUUCCCAUUGUGUCGCACGUUAUGUGGAAUACAUCCAGUCGCUGUUCCGCACAGGUAGCGAUGAUGUUUACUCAGAGGCACUUCAACUUGUAAGAACGCACAAACCAAAGAUAGAAGCUAUUUUUCCCAGUCCGACUGCAGUCGUUCAAAAAUUGAUUUUGAGCCUAUACACCGGAAGGCUCAAAGACCAUAUUUAUGCGAAGUUGCGGGAGUGCAAAGAAGGUGAAGACAGGGAAGGUUACUUGGUAGGACUAGCUCAAUCAUAUUCGAGCAUUCUCCGACUUAAUAAAGAGCUCGAUGCUCUUCAUGUUAGUUCGGAUGCGUCUUUCUUGCCAACUUUGACUCGUUCCAUAUUCGACAGGUACUUGUCUACCUAUCAAAGCGAGGAGUUAGAUUAUCUUCAUGCCCAGUGCAGCAACAUGCUUCAGCGAUUUUAUGAGUCAAAGAAACAUGUGAAGAAGCAGAUCCAUAGUGGAGGACUGCAGGAGUUGAAACGAGACGUGCAGGCGCGCUUGUUAACUGUAGAAACGUAUGGUGGAGAGACUUUUCUAUCGGAAGAUGUUGCUAUAAGCAUUCUGCAGGAAACCAAAAAUGCUUUCAACAGGGCAUCUCAGCUUUGCGAGAAGUCUGAAGUUCCUAAGCACAGCGAAAACAUAUUGGAUAUUUUGCUCAAGUAUCUUUACUCUGAACAUCUCGAUUAUGCGGUUGAACUGGCUAUAUCUGGUAUCUCACUGGCCGAGCCGAAGGUUGCCCCACCUGCCUAUUUCUUCUCUGUUGUUUCACAAAACACUACAAUAGUGCUGUUGUUGAUGAAACAGUAUGAGGAUUCUGUGCUUCCCUUGAUAAAAGGCACCGUCGUCGAGCAGUGUGUAGCGAAAAAAUGGUCUUCAUCCUUGCGGUCACUAGAGCAGAAAAUUAAUAUGGGACUUGAGCGACAGUUGAACGCCAUAGUUGGUUAUGUCCGAUUUGUUCUAACGUCAGAACAGAAGAAAGCCGAUUUCCGACCGGAUAAUCAGCAGAUUAAUUUACAAGCCUCUGUGCCUUGCCAGCAAGUGGUGCGUUUCUUAGCUGGACAGGCAGCCUCUAUGGAGCGUGGAUGUGAUGGAAGCAAUCUAGUAGUUUUACAAACUGAGUUAGCCAACAGACUGUACAAAUUGCUGCUUAACCAUAUACAGCAGUUCACUUUCAACUCAGCUGGGGCCAUGCUUUUGCUAUGCGAUCUGAACGAAUAUCGGAAAUGUGUUUCACAAUGGCGUUUGGAAGCUAAUGUGUCCAGACAAUUCGAGAGCCUUCAUGCACUGGCAAAUCUUCUUGUUGUACUUCCCGACAAUCUCUCUGAUGCUGCUCAUAGUCCAAUGCUGGCAAAAGUACCACAGGUUUUUCCUUUUGCAAUAUCGACACGCAAGCACCAGCUAGUGUAUGCUUUCGGAUUAUGUUGUCUUUUUUAUGAUUUGAUCUACCGUAUGUCGUUGGCUGCCAUUCGUUUAAAAGAGGAAGGUAACAAAUGUUUUCGUGAGAAACGUUACCACAAGGCUAUCGAACUCUACACACAGAGCCUACAAAAGGAACCCUCAGCUGCUGUAUUCGGUAUCAUUUCGAUUAUUUCAUAA